AUGUCCAAACAAAAAAAGAUAGAAGAGUGGAAGAAUAUUUUAAUUACAUGUCAGUCGCUUGGUUUUGUACCUCCAGGCAAAGAUUACACCUAUGUUCGAGAUACAUUUUACUCAAAUUUAAAAAGGGCUACUUUGAGUAAAAGAGAUAAUGCAAGAGCAACUGGAACUGGCGGCGGGAAAGAAAGCAUUUUGACUCCAAUAGAUGACCUUAUAUUGGAGAUCAUAAGCAAAGAUUCGCCUAUAACUAAUGAAAUAGAUGUUGAACCGGGCAAAGAUUCGCCUAUGACUGAUGGAACAGUUGUAAAACCAACGACUUCAGCUUCAGUACUAGACAAUAGUGACAUUGAUCAAAAUGAUGUUCCUGACUUGUCUCUGAAACCAACAAGUCAAAACUGCUCUAGUAAUUUAAAUGUAAACGAUAAGUUUUGCAGGUAA